AUGGCAACCUCAAGCCCAAACUCAAGUACCGCCCCAUCCUCCCCGGAAGAAGCCGAACAGCUCAUCCGCCACAUAUGCCACCACGGCUUCCGCACGAGCGACGAAAUACAACAAGCCAUCGAUUCGCAGUUCCUCCCGCACGCAGACCAAAUCCUCGCUCUACCCAAGACGACCCAUUUCACCGACAAGCGCCCCUUUUGGUCGGUGGUUCCCUGGGCGCUGGCGCAGAAAUGCUAUCCACUCCUGCGAUAUCUCAUCCAUAAUGGGUGGGAGAUGAAUCGGGCGCACGUGGGGACGACGGGAUGUGCGUCGUUGCUGGGCGAACGCGCGGUCCUACGAGACAUCGACCUAACCCGCUUCCUCCUCGCCCAAGGCAUGGACCCCCGUGUCGGAAAUACCCCGCCGCCCGCCCCUCGCACCCCCACUCGCGGUUCCAUAGGCUGGCUCCUCUACCUCGCCGCUAUGUUCAGCAGCCUCGAGACCUUCACGCUCCUGCAUUCACACGGGGCAAACCUGUCCUACGCGCACGCCCUCCACGGCGCCGCCUACGGUGGUCCCUCGCAAAUCCCUAUCAUCCGACACCUGCUGGAUAGCAAAGCCGUUGAUGUAGAUGAGCUUGACGUCUAUCAUGUGCCGCAUAUAGGGACGCCGCUGUUAGCGGCGAUUACGAAGGGGCAUGUAGAGGUUGUGAGGGUGCUGCUGGAGUACGGGGCGCAUCCGUUGGCAUGUAUCAAGAGCCCGUAUGAGACGAGUGCGGAGGAGUCGGCGAGGGCUUUGGGGAGGAGGGAUGAGGGGGCUUCGAAGGAGAUUUUGAGGAUGUUAGAGGAGGCGAGGGGGGAGAGGGAAAAGGAGGGGAGGCUGGGUAAUAUACCGGUUACAGGUGGGCGUAUAUCUACAUUUUCGUAA